GGAGUCAGUGAUCACAGUGCAGAACAGAAGCUAAGAAGAAAAGUAUCAAUCUGCCAAAGGAAUCCUAAGGAGUGCAGGUUCCUACCUCAGAGUCCUGAAUCUUCUCUUCUUAUUUUUCUUCUUCCUCUUUUUUUCAGUUUUUUCUCUUGUCUUCAUCAUCAACAGUCUCUUUUAAGAGUCUCUGUGUUUAUCUGCUUUUUCCUGAUUUUUCUGAGAACUCUGCUCUUUCGAGUCGUCACGCUCGAGAAGGACGGUGUGUGAGGGUUAAAUAAUAGCAGCUGGAAAGCUUGCUCACGCUCGAGGAUGACAGAGAGACCUCUGUGCACAGACAAAAAACAUCUCUUUAGAUCUCUUUAGCUCAUAUGGAGAUGGAAGACGCAGAAGAGACUCGCAGUGUAGAAUAAACGUGAAAACAAAAUAAGAUGAAAAGAGGGGGACGGUGGUGAGGAGAUCCUACAGAAAUGAACAUCUCAGCACAUCACGGGCUGCACCACGGCCACCGGAACCACAGCCUGGCCAUGCAGAUUGGAAGCAAAGCCCCCUCUGGGGAAAGAAACUCUGCAUCGGGAUGCUAUGAGCAACUGUUAAUCUCCACUGAGGUCUUUAUCACGCUAGGGUUAGUCAGCCUUCUUGAGAACAUUCUGGUAAUCGCGGCCAUCAUUAAGAACAAGAACUUCCACUCGCCCAUGUAUUUCUUCAUCUGCAGCCUGGCGGUGGCAGACCUUCUGGUGAGCGUAUCGAAUGCGACGGAAACGGCUGUGAUGGCGCUGAUCACCAGCGGCAACCUGACCAUCUCCGGAGAUGUUGUGAAAAGCAUGGACAACGUUUUUGACUCCAUGAUAUGCAGCUCACUCCUGGCCUCCAUUUGGAGUCUCCUGGCAAUUGCUGUGGACCGCUACGUCACUAUCUUCUAUGCCCUUCGCUACCACAAUAUCAUGACCCAGCGUAGGGCAUCACUUAUCAUCAUAUGCAUCUGGAGCUUCUGCUCAGCGUCCGGUGUGCUCUUCAUCAUCUACUCGGAGAGCGCUACGGUCCUCAUCUGCCUUAUCAGCAUGUUCUUCACCAUGCUGGCGCUCAUGGCCUCGCUUUACGUUCACAUGUUCCUCUUGGCGCGUCUUCACAUGAAACGCAUCGCCGCUUUACCAGGAAACGGCCCCGUGUGGCAGGCGGCCAACAUGAAGGGCGCCGUGACGCUCACAAUCCUGCUCGGAGUCUUUGUCGUAUGCUGGGCUCCAUUUUUUCUCCACCUCAUCCUCAUGAUCUCUUGCCCCAGGAACCCGUAUUGCGUCUGCUUCAUGUCACAGUUCAACAUGUACCUGAUUCUGAUCAUGUGUAACUCUGUGAUCGACCCGCUCAUCUACGCCUUCAGGAGUCAGGAGAUGAGGAAGACGUUCAGGGAGAUCUGCUGUGGAUGGGCUUCAGGGUGGAGCUGCGGGUGGAGUUGCGCCGGAAUUGAUGAGAGGCUUAACAGCUAUUAAUUGAACAUCUUGUUUACGUUCAUCGCACUUUUGAAGUUAUUCAUGGUCUGAAAUCAUGAACUACUGCAAAUGAAAUGACUUCACCAAUAACUUUGGUCUACUUUUGUUCACCAACAAAAAAACAAACCCUUCAAAAUAAGUAGACAUGAAAAGAAUGAACUUGUUUGGUGAAACAGCCUUGAAUUCUCUCCUUUGCUGCUUAACUGUGAAGAUUUUCAAUCAUUUCUGCCUUUCACUCAUCGCCAACAGGUGGGUUACGUUUGCUCUAAUAUAAUUUCUGGACAAAAUCGUAGAUAACUUCAGCACUGAAAAGGAAAAAUUGAUGCAAGUCUGCAGGGAAGAGCUGGAAUCAAGGUAAUUAGUAAUUAUCGUAUCGAUUAAAGUAACUGGGGACUUCAUAACGAACAGCCAGCUCUUUCUCAGUGCCUGGAUAAU